GAACUCACUUAGGCGUUGCGCUCAGUAGGUGUGAAAAAUCGAGAAAGAUCAAAAGCAAAUUUCAAUAGCUGCACUAAUAGCUAGAAAAUGGCACCAUUUUGGAAGAGCUUUCUAGGGUUAUUCUGCUUUAUUUGCCUCGCUCAAGGUCAGAUCUUCAUAAAAUUCUCCGCAACGAGCUAUACCUUCAGCGAGGGGGCAAACGCCGUACUGCCCAUAGAACGGUCUGGUAACACAACCGUCACCUCAACUGUCAGGGUUGAAAUUAUACCGGAAACAGCAAAGAACGGUACUCACUAUCUGACUCCUGGUGCCCUGGACGUACAGCUAACUCCCGGUGUGACUUCACUUCCUUUCAAUCUCACACUUGUCGACACCGAUGACAUUGUGAAAGCGAAUACGGAAUUCAGAGUGAUGCUGUCGUCUUCUGAUCCUAAUGUAAACGUAACGCAAGGUGACGCGAUUGUCAGGAUACAGGACAAUGAUAAGGUCUUGGCGGGUUUUACUAAGUUAACCGAGAGUGUGGACGAAGAAAGCGGGUUUAUCUCCCUUUGUGUUGCUGUAAAAGUAAAAUCAGACAUCCCCCUGUCAGUCUAUGUAACAACAGAGAAUGAGGGAACAUCGUCUUCCGAUCUCCAGAAACUUGACAAGCAUCAAGUAAUGCUAUUGGCUGAUCGUAAUGUCACGUGCUUCAACGUGACCAUCUUAGAUGAUGACGUACCUGAGGGUGACGAGCACUUCAGUGUCAGUCUUUCUUCAAAUGACUCACGCGUCACGGUGGAUUCUGGUUAUUCCAGUAUUAGAGUUACCAUCCGGGAUAUCAAAGAUAAAGUAACAAUCCAGUUCACCGAGCCGCUGAUCUUCGUCGUGUCAGAAGGGAAUAGCAUCCCGUUGAAGCUCAAUUGUACCUAUCAUGAUAUUCCGUUUAAUGUCAGUCUUGAGAUCAGCCCGAAUGUGUUUGAUACCACGGCAGACAUCAGUGACAUUGUCUUGACAGCGAUCGAGUUCCCUGCAGGCGUGACUAAUGUGACCUAUAACUUAGCAACCGUGGCAGAUGGGAAAGCGGAGAGUGACGAGGUCAUGACUUUGAAGAUAAAAAGCUCUGUUUCAUGGCUUGUGAUAGGUGAAAAUGACAGUAUCAAGGCCAAGAUUACUGACGAAGUGGACAGAGACAAGCAAGAAAAAGCAGACAAAGAGGAAGAAAAGGAUCUCGAGAAGAAAAGGGAAAUUAUUCUAAUCCUCAUCUCAACCGCCGUGGGAGUCAUCAUCCUCGUUCUUCUGAUCUUAAUCAUCGCAUGUUGCUGUAUAAGGUUCAAGGAGAAGGCCUAAGAACAAGUGUCGAGGGGACCGCUAUUCUGUGCAGAUCUAAGUAUUCAUGGUACCAUCCAAGCUUUGAAACCGCACCCCCCCAAAAAAAAAAAAUCCGUAUCUGUUAUUAACCAUGCAAACAGCUUUUUAACAAUAUCAAUAUAUUCCAUAUAAAAAUAGUCAUUGAGUAAGCACAAACUUUAACUUACUAAUACAAAUUGUUUAGUAAUUGCAAAAAGUUGUAAUAAAAACUUUUCGCUGAGAUCAUUGCAAAA